AUGAAUUCUUUAACAUCAUUACCGUUAACUUCAAUACUUUCCGAUAAUCUUACUAAUUAUUGUUCAGGCUCAAUUUCAAUUCCUUUGAUCGAACUAAAUUUAAAACAAACUUUGCUUGGUGGACAAUCAUUUCGAUGGUUUGAGCAAAAUCAAAACGAAUUCAUCGGUGUUCUUGGCUCGUUUAUAAUCUAUUUACAGCGUGGCAAUGAAAAUCUUUUUUAUACUUUUUAUACCAAUGUUUUAAACAAAACUCUUUUAAAAAUCACAAAUGAAAAUGAUCGACAAACUGAAGCAUCUCUUAUUUUACAGAAUUAUUUUCAAUUAUCUGUCAAACUUUAUGAUCUAUUCGAAAAAUGGUGUCAAUCCGAUGAACGAUUUCAAAAUCAAAUAAUACCCAGUGGUAUUCGUGUUUUAGCACAAGAUCCUCUUGAGAAUUUAAUAUCAUUUAUAUGUUCAAGUAAUAACAAUGUACAACGUAUAACUAAAAUGGUUAAUUCACUUUGUCAGGAAUAUGGAAAAGAAAUAGGUACAUUAAAUGGAAUAACUUAUCAUGAAUUUCCAACCAUAGAUGAACUUGAUAAACCAAAUCUUGAAAAACGAUUACGUGAAUUAAAUUUUGGUUAUCGUGCACGAUAUAUCCAAGAGACAGUCAAAUAUCUUAAAUUUACUAUUAAUGAUGCAUUGUUUUUUGAUCAAUUGAAAUCUUCAUCAGUCACAGAAGCUCGCAAGCAGUUAUUAAAAAUCAUGGGAGUUGGUCGAAAAGUUGCAGAUUGUGUCCUAUUAAUGUCACUCGGAAAACAAGAUGUCGUACCCGUCGACACUCAUAUACACGCGAUAGCUGUAACACAUUAUGGACAAAGAAAAAAAAUACAAUUAAAUGCAAGUAAUUACGAUGGAAUAUCUUCUUUCUUUGAACAACUUUGGCAACCCUAUGCUGGCUGGGCGCAAGCUGCAGCCUUUUCUAAUGAACUUCGUUUAACAAAUAAUAGCAAAUCUAGUAUUCAAUCAACAUCGUUAAAGCGAUCCAUAAGUAGUCAUGAAACUCAUAAUCAAUGUCAAUUAGUGAACUAUAAAAAAAAAGGACUUGAUCAAUUAAACAAGAAAUAA